CAAGCUGGCAUUGCAGCCACCUUCCGGCCCGGGCUCUCUUGGGGAGGGGCGGGGUUGGUGAGAACCAGUCACGUGCUCCGGGGCUCACUCGGGGUCUCCCACGGCCGGAAGUAGGGCCCCUGUGCGCAGGCGCCCUGAGGAUCCCGGGCUCCCCAUCUCACGCCAGGGGGCGGAACUUCCUGCAGCCUCUCUGCUUCCACGUCCUCGUGGGCCCUGACUUUCUGAGAGCGACGCAGAGGCUCCGGAGCCAUGCAGGCCGCAGGCCAGGGCACAGGGGGUGCGGCGGGCGAUGCUGAUGGCCCAGGAGGCCCUGGCGCUCCUGGUGGCCCAGGGGGCGAUGCUGGCGGCCCAGGAGAGGCGGGUGCUACCGGUGGCGGAGGUCCCCAGGGCGCAGGGGCAGCGAGGGCCUCGGGGCCGGGAGGAGGCACCCCGCGGGGUCCGCACGGCGAUGCCACUUCUGCGCAGGAUGGAAGGUGCCCCUGCGAGGCCAGGAGGCCGGACAGCCGCCUGCUUCAGUUCCACAUCACGAUGCCUUUCUCGUCGCCCAUGGAAGCGGAGCUGGUCCGCAGGAUCCUGUCCCCGGAUGCCGCACCGCUCCCCCGACCAGAGGCGGUUCUGAAGGACUUCGCCGUGUCCGGCAACCUACUGUUUAUCCGACUGACUGCUGCAGACCACCGCCAGCUCCAGCUCUCCAUCGGCUCCUGUCUCCAGCAGCUUUCCCUGUUGAUGUGGGUCAUGCAGUGCUUUCUGCCCGUGUUUUUGGCUCUGCUUCACUCAGGACAGAGGCGCUAAGCCCAGCCUGGCGCCCCUUCCUAAGUCGUGCCUCCUUCCCUAGGGUAUGGUCCCAGCACGAGUGGCGACUUCCUUGUGGAGGCCUGAUUGUUUGUCGCUGGAGGAGGGCGGCUUGCAUGUUUGUUUCUGUAGAAAAUAAAACUGAGCUACGA